CCACACACGGUGUUGCGCUGGAGUGGAAUACGGUUAUUGGGGUCCGUCACUCAUUCUCUCUCGCGCGCGCGUCCGCGGCUCUCAGAGGAAGCUCGUGCUGAAAGAACGGCUGGGAGCGCAACACACAAGGACGCAGCGCGAGAGAGGACAGCACGCGCAAAGAGGUGCACCUGUAAAUCCACGCUGUUCACUCGCCGGUGUGCGGAUAGUGUGAGAGCAUCCAGAAGAGAUAUUCUACACCCCGCGCAUACCCAUGCUUGGGAUUUGGCUUUCUUUUUCUUCGCUAAUGCAAAAGGAAAUAUGCAGCGAAGCCUCACACUGCUCUGCACCAGUUUUCUGGGAUUGUGCUUCGGUUCCAGUUUCCCAAGUAAUAUCAACAUAGGAGGAUUGUUCCCAACCGAAUCACACGAAUAUGAAGUGUUUCGGUUUGCGCUCUCGCAUCACCAGGAUAUCCCUAAACUGGUACCUCAAGUGGAUAUGGUCAAAAUGGGGAAUAGCUUCUCCAUGACAUAUGCUUUCUGUUCGCAGUUCUCAAAAGGGGUGUACGCCAUCAUCGGCGUGUACGACAGGAAGACCGUCAACAUGUUGAUGUCAUUCUGCGGGGCACUACACGUCUGCUUUGUGACGCCCAGCUUCCCCAUGGAAAACUCCAACCAGUUUGUCAUCCAGCUGAGACCCGAACUGCAAGAUGCCCUGGUGGGCGUUAUCGAGCACUACAAGUGGUCCAGGUUCGUCUACAUGUACAGCUCGGACUCUGGACUGGCAGUUCUGCAGAAGGUUCUGGACACAGCAGCAGAGCAUAACUGGCUGGUGACCUCCGUGAACGUGGAGACAAUGACAGAAGCAUCCUUCCUCAAAGUGUUCCAGGACCUGGACAAAAGAAAGGAGGGCCAGAUCAUCCUCGACUGUGAGCUGGAGAGACUCACGUCCAUCCUGAAGAAGAUCAUCGAGCUGGGGAAGAACGUGAAGAGUUAUCACUACAUCCUAGCAAACCUGGGAUUUCUGGACAUCGACCUGACAGAGUUUAAGAAGGGUGAGGCGAAUGUAACAGGCUUCCAGCUGGUGAACUACGCAAACCCUAAUAUUAGUAGAACAGUGCAGCAGUGGUUGGACUUUGAAAACAAAGAUGCCAAAGUUCCCAAGCGAGGACUGAAGUACACUGGAGCUCUCACAUAUGAUGGGGUCAAAGUCAUGUCCACAGCCUUCCAGAACCUCCGCAGGCAGAGGAUAGAUAUAUCUCGGCGUGGAAACGCUGGAGAGUGUCUGGCCAACCCACCAGCACCUUGGGGCCAGGGCAUCGAUAUUCAGAGAGCACUUCAGCAGGUUCGGAUUGAAGGCUUAACGGGACACAUUCAGUUUAACGAGAAGGGACGAAGGACAAACUACACUGUCAGUGUGAUGGAGCUCAGGCCGACGGGACCGAAAAAAGUGGGUUACUGGAAUGAGGAUGAGAAAUUUGUGAGCACGGCGGCCUACAUUCCAGGCAUUAAUGAGACUUACGGACUUCAGAACCGCACAUAUAUUGUUACCACUAUUCUGGAAUCGCCAUAUGUCAUGCUGAAGAAGAACCACGAGCAGUUUACAGGAAAUGAUAAAUAUGAAGGUUACUGUGUGGAACUGGCAGCAGAGAUAGCCAAACAUGUGGGAUACCACUACAUACUCAAGAUAGUGGCUGAUGGGAAAUAUGGAGCCAGAGAUGCUGAGACCAUGAUGUGGAAUGGAAUGGUGGGGGAACUUGUCUAUGGUAAAGCUGACGUAGCUGUGGCCCCACUGACCAUAACCCUUGUCAGGGAGGAAGUCAUUGAUUUCUCCAAGCCUUUCAUGAGCCUCGGCAUCUCCAUCAUGAUCAAAAAGCCCACCAAGUCCAAGCCUGGUGUGUUCUCUUUCCUGGACCCUCUGGCCUAUGAGAUCUGGAUGUGUAUUGUGUUUGCCUACAUCGGCGUGAGCGUGGUGCUUUUCCUAGUCAGCCGCUUCAGUCCCUACGAGUGGCACGCAGAGGACUAUGACGACGGAGCUGAACAGAACCCUAACCAGCCCUCCUCGUCAUCCGCCCAACCGGGUCAGGGCCAACAGAACCAGAACCAGCAGAGUCAGGAGCAGAGCAAUGAGUUUGGCAUCUUCAACAGUCUCUGGUUCUCAUUGGGAGCUUUCAUGCAGCAGGGCUGUGAUAUCUCCCCCAGGUCUCUCUCUGGCCGCAUCGUGGGUGGCGUGUGGUGGUUCUUCACUUUAAUCAUCAUCUCCUCAUACACAGCCAACCUAGCUGCUUUUCUCACAGUGGAGAGGAUGGUGUCCCCCAUCGAGAGUGCAGAGGAUCUGGCCAAACAGACUGAGAUUGCUUAUGGGACUCUAGACGCCGGCUCCACCAAGGAGUUUUUUAGGAGGUCAAAGAUUGCGGUAUUUGAGAAGAUGUGGUCCUAUAUGAAAUCAGCAGACCCUUCAGUGUUUGUGAAAACCACAGAUGAAGGAGUUAUACGGGUGAGGAAGUCCAAGGGGAAGUAUGCCUAUCUGCUGGAGUCUACCAUGAACGAGUACAUCGAGCAGCGCAAACCCUGUGACACUAUGAAGGUCGGAGGUAACCUGGACUCCAAAGGCUACGGCAUCGCCACCCCCAAAGGAUCACCUCUCAGAAUCCCAGUUAACCUAGCGGUGUUGAAACUCAGUGAGCAAGCCGUCUUAGACAAACUGAAAAACAAAUGGUGGUACGAUAAGGGGGAGUGUGGAAGCAAGGACUCCGGAAGAAAGGACAAGACCAGUGCUCUUAGCCUCAGCAAUGUGGCUGGGGUCUUCUACAUUCUGAUCGGUGGUCUUGGUCUGGCCAUGCUGGUGGCCCUGGUGGAGUUCUGCUACAAGUCCAGAACAGAGUCCCGCAGAAUGAAGCAAUCCAUCAACGAUGCCAUGCGCUGCUCCACGCUGACCAGGAUGAGUGGGAACGGUAGCGGUGGGGAGAACGGGCGGAUCGUCACACAUGACUUCCCCAAAGCUGUGCAGACGCUGCCGUGCAUGAGCCACGCGGCCAGCAUGGGCCUGGGAGCCUCUGGCAUGUGACCAUCUUGACGGAGCGGCACGCGUCACAUGUAACGCACGGACCUCCCGUUCACCUGCCGUCUGCCCCUAUGUCUGUCUGCCUGCAACAGACGCACCGUACUGCCAAAAUGCACUCGAAACUCUUCUCAGUGAAUAGCCACCAAUAAAACUCUUUUCUAAAGGAAGACGAAACAUUUUAAAAGAGGGGGGGGGGGGGGGGUGUGCUGC